AUGACCCGAACGGCAGAUCCAUACUACAACCGCAAGCCUGUCCCUGACGAACUGAUCAAGGAUGUUGGCCUUACUGGACUGACACCAGAGGAAGAAUACUGGAAUCGUGAGAAGAAAUACACUGCACAUGGAGCAGAUGUGCGGCGUUUCAGCAACAGUCUCAGGGGUGGCAUUGAGCCUCUUCAAGAUCCCUACUAUGGCAGAAAACCUGUCGACGAGGCUGAAAUCGCCAACGUCGGACUCACCGGCUUGAGCCCCGAAGAAGAAUACUGGAGCCGCGAACGCAAGUACAGCGCCACAGGCGUUGACGUCAGGAAGUUCAGCAACAGCAGAAAGGGCGGGAUGGAACCUCAAGAUGACCCAUACUACAGUCGCAGACGCGUCUCAGCCGCCGAGAUUGCCAACGUCGCCCCGCUCGACGCCCAGAUGACCCCAGCCGAACAGUACGAAGUCCGCGAGCGAAAGCAAUCCCUCUUCCAACUCUCCUCCGACCCGUUCGACGUGAUCGCCAACCGCCACCGCGAGUCCAUCUCUGGAGCUACCACAGGUGCCUCUGCUGCGGCAACGCGACGCCGCAGUUCAGCCGUCGCUCCAGAUGCCGCCGUAGCUACUGCUUCGCACAGCGGGUAUCACGGCGACAAGCUGGCACCCAUCGAGAGUCGGCCAGAGGGUCCGCCUACAAGCAGCAACAAUGAAGCAGGCAGUGGGCACACCUCGGACACAUUGAAUAGGGACUCGAUCGAUCCGGCGGAGGGCAGCCACGCCCGAUUUUAUGAUGCGGUGACGGCGGGACAUGAUCACCACGCUGAUCCAGACAGCGUCGCACCGCACGAGGUGCGAUGA